UUUUUUUUUAUAAAUAUUUUUGGCCUCAGUCUUCACUUGCUGUAAGAAAAAAACCCUCAAUUCUUCCUUUAUAAAGGAACCCAAGAAAAUGUAUUUGCAAAUUCUUUUUCUUCUUCUUCUUCGCCAUUAAACCUCACUCCCUCCUUCUUCUUCUUCACUCUCUGCAGCAAUGUCAAUGCCAUUGUACCUACAGCCACCGCCGGCGACGGAGCACUCCUCCUCCUCCUCUGCCGUACCCUCCGGAAGCUCCGUUGGACCCUUAGUAGCCGUCCUUGUCGUCGUCGCCGUCCUCUGUGUCAUCGCCGGAUUCGUCGGACGUAUCUGCUCCGGAAAAACCGUUAUGGGUUUCGGAGAGUACGACAUGGAGAGAUGGGCGGAGAGCAGAUGCUCUUCUUGCAUAGACGGCCACAUUCCUCCGCCGCCUCCACCGCCGCCGGAGCCGCAGCAGCGAAACUUACACGGCGACUCUGAGCCGGCGGUUCCUGGACAGGACACGGCUGAGACCGGUGACAGAUAGCAGCCUCAAGAACAUCAUCCCACCUCCGUCGUGUUCUUCAUCUUCCUCAGAACAAUGAAGAAGAAGAUCUGAAUUCAUUUUCACUCCGCCUGAGAAUGUGUCGUAAAUCGGAAGUUUAGUGGGCCAAAUGGUCAAACAUUUUUUCGAAAAAGGGUGUUUUGAUUCGUUGUCUUUUUGAAAUGCUAAUCAUUUUCUUGUUUCUUUUUA